UAUUCUUUUUCUAGUUUGACAGAUGAAUAAAAAGGUUUGUGAGGACUCUACUGAGCAGGUGACAGCUAAGACCUGAAGGCAUGCCUGCCUGGACUUCUGGACCAGUUAUUGCCCCUGACUACUGGCUGUAACGGCAAUCAAGCUGGGAAAGCAACAGAGAUUUAACUAAGGAACCUGAAAUACCGUGGAGGAAAGACCGUGGAGAGAUACCCCAGUGUGCCGGUCCAACAAAAGCCCCUGGGUCUGUUUGACUUGCUCAAGUGUCCACUGUGGAAGGAUUUGGGGAACCUGAGAAUACUUUGUACAGUACAGAUAACUUAAUAAAAAAAAGAAGAAAAGUAGAAGCAUUUAAAUUCUGCACUUGAAGAGACAGAUUCCUCUCCUAGAUUUUGAGAGAUUAAGCGGUAACCCAAGCAAAGCCUGUGAUCCUAUUGAGAGGGUUGAGUAAUUUAACUCACAGAGCUUCUAUUUGAUGAUGCAUCAAAUUGGCAGCUAGCAAUCUGAGAAGACCUUAAAAGAAAAGGAAAAAAACUAAAACCAGUAUGUGAACGGCCACGCCAAAAAACAUUAUGAAGAUGCGCAAAUACCUUUAACCAACUUUAAGAAAUCAGAAAAGCAAGACAAACCUCAGCAUACAGUGUGUAUGGAUUGCAGUAGCUAUAGUACAUACUGUUAUCGCUGUGAUGAUUUUGUGGUUAAUGACACCAAGCUGGGGCUGGUACAGAAAGUCAGAGAACACUUACAGAACUUGGAAAACUCAGCAUUCACAGCUGACAGACAUAGGAAGAGAAAAUUUUCGGAAAAUUCAUCAUUAAACAGCAAGUUAUUAAAAGUAAAUGGAAGCACCACUGCCAUUUGUGCUACAGGUCUUCGGAAUUUGGGCAACACAUGUUUCAUGAAUGCCAUCCUUCAGUCACUCAGUAACAUUGAACAGUUUUGCUGUUAUUUCAAAGAACUGCCCGCGGUGGAGUUGAGGAAUGGGAAAACGGCAGGAAGGAGAACGUACCACACUAGGAGCCAAGGGGACAGCAGCGUGUCCUUGGUAGAGGAGUUCAGAAAGACACUAUGCGCUUUGUGGCAAGGCAGUCAGACCGCCUUUAGUCCUGAGUCCUUGUUUUAUGUUGUGUGGAAGAUUAUGCCCAAUUUUAGGGGCUACCAGCAGCAGGAUGCCCAUGAGUUUAUGCGCUACCUUCUGGACCACCUCCACCUGGAGCUCCAGGGCGGUUUCAACGGGGUUUCCGGAACGGCAAUUCUGCAGGAGAAUUCUUCCUUGGCUGCAAGUAACAAAUGCUGCAUAAAUGGAGCUUCAACUGUGGUCACGGCUGUCUUCGGGGGUGUCCUCCAGAACGAGGUCAAUUGCCUCAUCUGUGGGACAGAGUCCAGGAAGUUUGAUCCAUUCUUAGACCUUUCAUUAGAUAUUCCAAGUCAGUUCAGAAGUAAGCGCUCUAAGAAUCAAGAAAAUGGUCCAGUUUGUUCAUUACGAGAUUGCCUUCGCAGUUUCACUGACUUAGAAGAACUUGACGAGACAGAGUUAUACAUGUGCCACAAAUGCAAAAAGAAACAGAAGUCCACAAAAAAGUUCUGGAUUCAGAAACUUCCCAAGGUGCUGUGCUUGCAUCUGAAACGGUUUCACUGGACAGCGUAUCUGAGGAACAAAGUGGACACCUAUGUGGAGUUUCCUCUUCGAGGCCUUGACAUGAAGUGCUACUUACUGGAGCCCGAGAACAGUGGCCCCGAGAGCUGCCUAUACGACCUCGCCGCUGUGGUGGUGCACCACGGCUCCGGGGUUGGCUCUGGACAUUAUACUGCCUAUGCCGUUCACGAAGGCCGCUGGUUCCACUUCAAUGACAGCACUGUGACACUGACCGAUGAGGACACCGUGGGGAAGGCGAAGGCCUACAUCCUCUUCUAUGUGGAGCGCCAGGCCAAAGCCGGAUCUAACAAACUCUGACACCUCCGAAUCACUGCUCGUCAGCUCCCCUAGAAGGACACUUCCAAUUUCCCAUAAAUACUUGAUCCGAGAUUGAAUUUCAUUAUGCACUUUUCAGUCUCCUGUUCUGGAUUUAGUUUUUCAAUGGUAGUGACUUACUGAACAUGGGCACCAACUAAUUUUUUGUUGUUGUUCUACCAGAAAACCUCAGCAGACCUUUUGAUUUGCUGCGUUAGUUGUAAUAAUUCAAUUUUUGUAUGUAGUUUCAAGAACUUAGUUCUAUUUGAUUUUAUAUUGUUUUCAUUUCUCACCGAGGCACAUUUACACCCAUGCUUUUGUUACUCACCCGUGGAAAUCCUGGGUGUGGAGGUGAUGCCUUGUCCCAGGUCAUGGCUGAAGGGUGUUGGCCCCAUUGGAUUCCUGGUGUCUGCAUAGGACGGAGAGCUUGGCUGCUGCUCCUGCUAUCUCCACAGGCUGCUGGCCUUCAGCACUAACUAAAUAAACCUGUCGGGUUAGUUGUUACUGCA